AUGUGCAGUUUGGUUAUAGUCAAACAACCCGGUCAGAGUUAUGUCAAUAAAACUUUAGACUCGCUUCUUCCUUUCGUUUACGAAAUCUUCACUUCAGAAAGUUCUCACAAGUCUCAGCAGCACGGUCCUCCAUCAGUCAACACGUAUGAUGUUGGAGAGAAAGAUUGUAAAUCUGUCAGUCAUCAGUCUUCUCUACACAUGACGUCCAAGUGCUUGCCUCCUAGCCAACAACAUCUAACUCUACCUGUGAUAUCAGUAUUGAAUUCUCAAAACGCUACAGUAGAGUAUCUCAGUCUUGCUCCAUCACCACACAACGUCAUACAAAUGGUCAGACAAAUUGCAAAUGAAAGUGGGUGGAGCUCGAUUGCAUACAUAAGUGAUGAACGUUGGGAUAUUCAGCUACUGAAUGGUUUGGCACAUGCAAACAGCAGUGUAAAAGUAAGCACAAUAAUCCAACAAACAAAAAACUUGAAUUUCAAGAAAGAAGCUUCUCGCAUAUUGUCUUUAUCUAUCGAUGCGGUGGUUGUUCACUGUCAAAACGCAAGAUGUUUUAAUGCUGCAAAAGAGAUCUACAUGCUUGUGUCUACUCGAUCUGCUGCUCCAUGGUUGUUUACAAACGGUUUCUACCAACAUAUUUUUGCCAGUGACCUGCAGUCAAGGACUAGUGGUGACAUGAUGACUCGUGCGUUGUUGUUGGGAAUUGAGAGAACUGUAUUAAGAUCGCACACAACUGCAGCUUUAAUGAAUUUUCAGGACUUACCGACCGCUAAACCAAGCAAGAGUGAUCUCUUCGACCUGUAUGAUGGCAUAAUAGUUAUGGCACAUUUGUUACACUCGAUAGAGUUCAGAGAAGUCUCAAUGCGUCAACGUGUCAACAUGCUAAACAUCAGAGGUGCAUCGGGACCGGUGCAAUUUGAAACGUCUAGCGGUGGAAGGAUUGGUGGUGUUUACGAAGUCGUCUGUAUGAAUCCGUUUACUUACUCCGUAUUAUCGAUUGGAACAUAUGAUCUCAAUCAUUCUGAAUGGCUGCACAAACUUCCAUCUCUGCUGCCUCUUCGUCAACCCACGAGACAUAGAAGAGAAGCAACAGAAACAAUUAAAAAUUCAUCAUGUCCUCCAGUAUCAGACAAUACUAGGCAUUUUCGAGUGACAACCGUACCAGUAGGUGCAUGCACGUGUCAAAAACUAUUAUAA